AUGUCCAACAACGACUUGUUGGACGCCGCUCAUCUUCACACGCACGAGCCAGUCAUCUUGUUUGUGGUGAGGCUAUGGACGACAGAAGCAUCAGACCCGUUUUACGAAACCCACAUAAAGUCGUUGGCUCCGGCUGUAUGGGCUCCAUGUCGAACGCGCAGUCCUGACGAUCUUUGCCUGAGCCGGUCUGAUCAACGAUCGAACCUGCCGCCGAUGCCUACCUUCAUCGCGAGGCUGAGGGUUGUCGGGCCGAAUCGCGCCGCCCAACAACCCUUCAGGCUGGGACACAUGAACUCUGAGUCUCGGAUGCCGCUGUCUGUCCCACGGCCGGUGCACAAUUUGAUGCUGCCUGCUCGGUUUUGGGCCGGAAAAUGCUUCUGUUCGUGCCUACCAAUCCGCUACUUCUUCAUACUCAAUUUAUUCCGUGUGAUCGCGUUUUAUCUGGCAGAGACGUCCGUUGCUCGGCUCAAAUUACACCAUUCUCGCGUCGCCAUGUGA